UUGAUAUGACAGUUGUCCAAACUUUGACAGAGUCAGUCCUAAAUGUUGAGGUUAGCUUUCAUUGGUAGACUUUCAAACGGAAACCUAAUGACGCUAUGACCUUAACAUGUCCCAUUUCUUCUGUUCCAUAGUGGAGAAACAGCCAAAGGGAAGAGAUUUUGUGUUCUUGUUGGACGGAUCUGAUGGUACUAAAACUGGAUUCCCAGCUAUGAGAGACUUUGUCCAAAGAGUUGUAGAGACACUCAGUGUGGAUGACAACAAAGACCGUGUCUCAGUGGUUCAGUACAGCAGAGAUCCAGCCGUCCAGUUCUAUCUGAACACAUACAGGACAAAGGGCGAGAUCUUUGACACCCUCAGAGGUUUGAAACACAAAGGCGGAAGACCCCUCAACACUGGAGCAGCCCUCCAGUAUUUGAGGGAUAAUGUCUUCACAGCCUCUGCAGGAAGCAGGCGCCUGGAAGGAGUUCCACAGGUGCUAAUAUUGCUAAGUGGUGGAAGGUCUUUUGACCGUGUUGAUGCACCAGCCUCUGCUCUGAAAAAGAUGGGUGUCUUGAUCUUUGCCAUUGGAACCAGGAGCUCUAAUAACACAGAACUGCGGAAGAUAGCCCACGAUCCAAGUUACGCUCUGUCUGUGCCUGAUUUCACUGACCUUCCUAGUGUCCAACAGCAGCUUCAGUCCUCUGUGGAGGAGGUGGUUAUUGACAUCACCCCAGAGUCACCUACUGUACUUGUUGACAGUGCCAAAAAGGAUAUUGUAUUCCUUCUGGAUGGUUCUGAUGGCACAAGGAAUGGCUUCCCUGCCAUGCGUGAUUUUGUUGAGAGAGUGGUGGAGAAACUGAAUGUGGGAGAAAACAAAGACCGUGUCUCUGUGGUCCAGUACAGCAGAGAUGCAGAGGUCCAUUUCUAUCUGAACACAUACACCACCAGAGAGGAUAUUGUGGAUUCGGUCAGGGGGCUGAGAUACAGAGGAGGCAGACCCCUCAACACCGGGGCAGCCCUCCAGUACGUUAAGGACAACGUGUUUACAAGCUCCUCUGGGAGUAGGCGCCAGCAAGGUGUUCCACAAAUGUUGAUCCUGCUAAAUGGUGGAAAGUCUUUUGACAAUGUAGAUACCCCAGCCUCUGCUCUCAAACAGCAGGGUGUCUUUGUAAUUGGCAUUGGAACAAGCAGCUCUGACAUUAAUGAGCUGCAGAAGAUAUCCUCUGACCCUAGUCUCGCUCUAUCAGUGACUGAGUUCACUGAGCUCCCCAGUGUCCAAGAACAGCUCUCCUCUGUAAUGAGCACAAUGCUAGUGAGGGCCACGCCAGUGACACCAGCAGUAACCGUGGAGAAACAGCGAAAGGGAAGAGAUUUUGUGUUCUUGUUGGACGGAUCUGAUGGUACUAGUACUGGAUUCCCAGCUAUGAGAGACUUUGUCCAAAGAGUUGUAGAGACACUCAGUGUGGAUGAUAACAAAGACCGUGUCUCAGUGGUUCAGUACAGCAGAGAUCCAGCCGUCCAGUUCUAUCUGAACACAUACAGGACAAAGGGCGAGAUCUUUGACACCCUCAGAGGUUUGAAACACAAAGGCGGAAGACCCCUCAACACUGGAGCAGCCCUCCAGUAUUUGAGGGAUAAUGUCUUCACAGCCUCUGCAGGAAGCAGGCGCCUGGAAGCAGUUCCACAGGUGCUAAUAUUGCUAAGUGGUGGAAGGUCUUUUGACAGUGUUGAUGCACCAGCCUCUGCUCUGAAAAAGAUGGGUGUCUUGAUCUUUGCCAUUGGAACCAGGAGCUCUAAUAACACAGAACUGCGGAAGAUAGCCCACGAUCCAAGUUACGCUCUGUCUGUGCCUGAUUUCACUGACCUUCCUAGUGUCCAACAGCAGCUUCAGUCCUCUGUGGAGGAGGUGGUUAUUGACGUCACCCCAGAGUCACCAACUGUACUUGUUGACAGUGCCAAAAAGGAUAUCGUAUUCCUUCUGGAUGGUUCUGAUGGCACAAGGAAUGGCUUCCCUGCUAUGCGUGAUUUUGUUGAGAGAGUGGUGGAGAAACUGAAUGUGGGAGAAAACAAAGACCGUGUCUCUGUGGUCCAGUACAGCAGAGAUGCAGAGGUCCAUUUCUAUCUGAACACAUACACCAAGAGAGAGGAUAUUGUGGAUUCGGUCAGGGGGCUGAGAUACAGAGGAGGCAGACCCCUCAACACCGGGGCAGCCCUCCAGUACGUCAGGGAAAACGUGUUUACAAGCUCCUCUGGAAGUAGGCGCCAGCAAGGUGUUCCACAAAUGUUGAUCCUGCUAAAUGGUGGAAAGUCUUUUGACAAUGUAGAUACCACAGCCUCUGCUCUCAAACAGCAGGGUGUCUUUGUAAUUGGCAUUGGAACAAGCAGCUCUGACAUGAAUGAGCUGCAGAAGAUAUCCUCUGACCCUAGUCUCGCUCUAUCAGUGACUGAGUUCACUGAGCUCCCCAGUGUCCAAGAACAACUCUCCUCUGUAAUGAGCACAAUGCUAGUGAGGGCCACGCCAGUGACACCAGCAGUAACCGGUAAGAAAUUGAUCAAAUUUUACAUUCCAAGAUCAGUUUAGGUGGCAAAUUGAACCAUGUUAUAGUGCAAUUCAACUACUUAAGGUCAGCCAGUGCCACUUUGAUAUGACAGUUGUCCAAACUUUGACAGAGUCAGUCCUAAAAGUUGAGGUUAGCUUUCAUUGGUAGACUUUCAAACGGAAACCUAAUUACGCUAUGACCUUAACAUGUCCCAUUUAUUAUGUUCCAUAGUGGAGAAACAGCCAAAGGGAAGAGAUUUUGUGUUCUUGUUGGACGGAUCUGAUGGUACUAGUACUGGAUUCCCAGCUAUGAGAGACUUUGUCCAAAGAGUUGUAGAGACACUCAGUGUGGAUGACAACAAAGACCGUGUCUCAGUGGUUCAGUACAGUAGAGAUCCAGCCGUCCAGUUCUAUCUGAACACAUACACGACAAAGGGCGAGAUCUUUGACACCCUCAGAGGUUUGAAACACAAAGGCGGAAGACCCCUCAACACUGGAGCAGCCCUCCAGUAUUUGAGGGAUAAUGUCUUCACAGCCUCUGCAGGAAGCAGGCGCCUGGAAGGAGUUCCACAGGUGCUAAUAUUGCUAAGUGGUGGAAGGUCUUUUGACAGUGUUGAUGCACCAGCCUCUGCUCUGAAAAAAAUGGGUGUCUUGAUCUUUGCCAUUGGAACCAAGAGCUCUGAUAGCACAGAACUGCGGAGGAUAGCCCAGGAUCCAAGAUACGCUCUGUCUGUGCCUGAAUUCACUGACCUUCCCAGUGUCCAACAGCAGCUUCAGUCCUCUGUGGAGGAUGUGGUUAUUGACGUCACCCCAGAGUCACCAACUGUACUUGUUGACAGUGCCAAAAAGGAUAUUGUAUUCCUUCUGGAUGGUUCUGAUGGCACAAGGAAUGGCUUCCCUGCCAUGCGUGAUUUUGUUGAGAGAGUGGUGGAGAAACUGAAUGUGGGAGAAAACAAAGACCGUGUCUCUGUGGUCCAGUACAGCAGAGAUGCAGAGGUCCAUUUCUAUCUGAACACAUACACCACCAGAGAGGAUAUUGUGGAUUCGGUCAGGGGGCUGAGAUACAGAGGAGGCAGACCCCUCAACACUGGGGCAGCCCUCCAGUACGUCAGGGACAACGUGUUUACAAGCUCCUCUGGGAGUAGGCGCCAGCAAGGUGUUCCACAAAUGUUGAUCCUGCUAAAUGGUGGAAGGUCUUAUGACAACGUAGAUACCCCAGCCUCUGCUCUCAAACAGCAGGGUGUCUUUGUAAUUGGCAUUGGAACAAGCAGCUCUGACAUUAAUGAGCUGCAGAAGAUAUCCUCUGACCCUAGUCUCGCUCUAUCAGUGACUGAGUUCACUGAGCUCCCCAGUGUCCAAGAACAGCUCUCCUCUGUAAUGAGCACAAUGCUAGUGAGGGCCACGCCAGUGACACCAGCAGUAACCGGUAAGAAAUUGACAAAAUUUGACAUUCCAAGAUCAGUUUAGGAGGCAAAUUAAACCAUGUAUGAUUGCAUUUCACCUACUUAAGGUCAGCCAGUGCCACUUUGAUAUGACAGUUGUCCAAACUUUGACAGAGUCAGUCCUAAAAGUUGACGUUAGCUUUCAUUGGUAGACUUUCAAACAGAAACCUAAUUACGCUAUGACCUUAACAUGUCCCAUUUCUUAUGUUCCAUAGUGGAGAAACAGCCAAAGGGAAGAGAUUUUGUGUUCUUGUUGGACGGAUCUGAUGGUACUAAAACUGGAUUCCCAGCUAUGAGAGACUUUGUCCAAAGAGUUGUAGAGACACUCAGUGUGGAUGACAACAAAGACCGUGUCUCAGUGGUUCAGUACAGCAGAGAUCCAGCCGUCCAGUUCUAUCUGAACACAUACAGGACAAAGGGCGAGAUCUUUGACACCCUCAGAGGUUUGAAACACAAAGGCGGAAGACCCCUCAACACUGGAGCAGCCCUCCAGUAUUUGAGGGAUAAUGUCUUCACAGCCUCUGCAGGCAGCAGGCGCCUGGAAGGAGUUCCACAGGUGCUAAUAUUGCUAAGUGGUGGAAGGUCUUUUGACCGUGUUGAUGCACCAGCCUCUGCUCUGAAAAAGAUGGGUGUCUUGAUCUUUGCCAUUGGAACCAGGAGCUCUAAUAACACAGAACUGCGGAGGAUAGCCCACGAUCCAAGUUACGCUCUGUCUGUGCCUGAUUUCACUGACCUUCCUAGUGUCCAACAGCAGCUUCAGUCCUCUGUGGAGGAGGUGGUUAUUGACAUCACCCCAGAGUCCCCUACUGUACUUGGUAUGUUAACUAGCACAGCCUCUUGCCUGAAGGGCUACCUGACUUGUCUAACCUUGCAAAGUUUUAAAUUUGUUCCCGUUCUAUCUGUUCUCAGUUGACAGUGCCAAAAAGGAUAUUGUAUUCCUUCUGGAUGGUUCUGAUGGCACAAGGAAUGGCUUCCCUGCCAUGCGUGAUUUUGUUGAGAGAGUGGUGGAGAAACUGAAUGUGGGAGAAAACAAAGACCGUGUCUCUGUGGUCCAGUACAGCAGAGAUGCAGAGGUCCAUUUCUAUCUGAACACAUACACCACCAGAGAGGAUAUUGUGGAUUCGGUCAGGGGGCUGAGAUACAGAGGAGGCAGACCCCUCAACACCGGGGCAGCCCUCCAGUACGUUAAGGACAACGUGUUUACAAGCUCCUCUGGGAGUAGGCGCCAGCAAGGUGUUCCACAAAUGUUGAUCCUGCUAAAUGGUGGAAAGUCUUUUGACAAUGUAGAUACCCCAGCCUCUGCUCUCAAACAGCAGGGUGUCUUUGUAAUUGGCAUUGGAACAAGCAGCUCUGACAUUAAUGAGCUGCAGAAGAUAUCCUCUGACCCUAGUCUCGCUCUAUCAGUGACCGAGUUCACUGAGCUCCCCAGUGUCCAAGAACAGCUCUCCUCUGUAAUGAGCAUAAUGCUAGUGAGGGCCACACCAGUGACACCAGCAGUAACCGGUAAGAAAUUGACCAAAUUUUACAUUCCAAGAUCAGUUAAGGAGGCAAAUUGAACCAUGUUAGAGUGCAUUUCACCUACUUAAGGCCAACCAGUGCCACUUUGAUAUGACAGUUAUCCAAACUUUGACAGAGUCAGUCCUAAAAGUUGAGGUUAGCUUUUAUUGGUAGACUUUCAAACGGAAACCUAAUUACGCUAUGACCUUAACAUGUCCCAUUUCUUAUGUUCCAUAGUGGAGAAACAGCGAAAGGGAAGAGAUUUUGUGUUCUUGUUGGACGGAUCUGAUGGUACUAGUACUGGAUUCCCAGCUAUGAGAGACUUUGUCCAAAGAGUUGUGGAGACACUCAGUGUGGAUGACAACAAAGACCGUGUCUCAGUGGUUCAGUACAGUAGAGAUCCAGCCGUCCAGUUCUAUCUGAACACAUACACGACAAAGGGCGAGAUCUUUGACACCCUCAGAGGUUUGAAACACAAAGGCGGAAGACCCCUCAACACUGGAGCAGCCCUCCAGUAUUUGAGGGAUAAUGUCUUCACAGCCUCUGCAGGAAGCAGGCGCCUGGAAGGAGUUCCACAGGUGCUAAUAUUGCUAAGUGGUGGAAGGUCUUUUGACAGUGUUGAUGCACCAGCCUCUGCUCUGAAAAAAAUGGGUGUCUUGAUCUUUGCCAUUGGAACCAAGAGCUCUGAUAGCACAGAACUGCGGAAGAUAGCCCAGGAUCCAAGUUACGCUCUGUCUGUGCCUGAAUUCACUGACCUUCCCAGUGUCCAACAGCAGCUUCAGUCCUCUGUGGAGGAUGUGGUUAUUGACGUCACCCCAGAGUCACCUACUGUUCUUGGUAUGUUAACUAGCACAGCC